UGCAAAAAUCGACAAAAAUAAAGGAAAUUUAGUUCAGAAAAGUAAAAUAAUAGUGCGAGCCAGCACCAAUCUUUCCAGCCAUGUCCAAAUCCAGCGCAGCACGCUGGGUGAAGUUCUUUAAUGCUGCUGGCAUCCCAUCGCCGGCGGCCGCCGGCUAUGCUCAUGUUUUCGUGGAGAAUCGCAUCCAGGACGACAUGCUGCUGGACCUCAACAAGGAGUACUUACGGGAGAUGGGAAUCACUUUGAUGGGUGACAUAAUCGCCAUUCUCCGCCAUUCGAAGAGCGUCUGUGAGCAGAAUGCCCGGGACAAGGUUCUGACUCCAGAGCCAGUCCAGCCAGUUGCCUCCAGAGUGGUGGCUACGCAGGGGGUCAAGUCACAGGUCGCAUCAACGGGCGCCAAAGGUAAGGUCUCGCCGCCCGCCAAGCCGGCAAGACGCGUGCUGCCCGAGCACGAGGGAAAGUAUAAGGUGACUCUUCCUUCGGGAACCACGGAGCGCAGCAAACAGAUUUUGGCCAAGCGGGAGAAACUUUAUUCCGAUCGCGUCAGUAGCUCGAAGAAGUCGGAUAUCUUCUCACGCCUUCACGCAAACUCCGGCGAGGACGAGGCCCAAGAGGGUAUCGUUUCCAGCUCAGGCGAGUCUAACGUGCGGGUGCACGUCACCGGAGCAACAAAGCUGCCUGAUACGUCCAACAACAGUUCCGUAUUUGCGCGCCUCGGCGGAAAGCAGUCAACCACCUCGCCUGUCCAGGGUCCUCUGACCAAGGAAAUUAAAUCUAUACUAAAGAACAGCCAGCGGUCGGGGCUGACCGGAGGAGUGACAAAGAACUCGCCAAUUGUCAAGGCCAAAAGGGUGGCACCCACAUCUAUCGUAAAGUCGCAGCAGAAGGUUAUGCUCGUCCAUAAAGUUCCGCUAAAACGGGGCGACGAUGAAGACGAUAGCAUGAAUGAUAAUGAAAGCAACGAGGACGACGACUACUUGUCCAGUGCUGAGAGCGAGGACAUCGAAAUGGCUGUCAGCGAGAAGAUUGUGAAGUUUGCCUCCACGGCGGAGAUUCGAGAAAUUGCGCCAGAGCCUUCAAACAAAGCCAGGCACGGCAAGAACUUUGCCAAUAACAUAAAAUCGAGGCUGGGAAUGGUAUCAAAACUUCACGCAACAAAGAAGACCUACAAUUUAAAGGCAUCACCUACUAAAAAAGUACAGGGUCGUCUUAGUCCCGUAAAGGGCAAGGCCAUACGUAUGAGAAGCGAUGAGUUAUUGACGCGCCAGGACACGCUGCCCGUACACAAGCGGUUGGGCGGCAAUAGCUCAGCUCCUGCUCCCACCAGGAUACCACCAGCACCGCAUCGCCAGCAACAGCAGCAGCAACAGCGGCGCGAUCAGCACCAGAAUAGAAAAUAUGCACCUCCACGACGUCAUAACAGCAUGAAUGCUGGUUAUAACAAGCAACGCGGGCAAUCUAACAGCUCUGUCUUUGACCGCCUGGGAUUCAAUAAUUCAAUGUAAAAAAUCUAAGUAAUAUGAUGUCACUUGUAGUUUGUUUUAAGUUCAAUACCCUUUAAUUUUGCCAGUAAACGAUGUUUGAAUUAA